CCGAGAACGCCUGGAUUUUCGCCAGUUCCCUCGCGGAGUGAAAAAGGAAAAGAGAGGCAGAAAAACAAUCUCCAUUGUCCCGUGCCGCAUUUAACCUUACGCGGAAAUGUCGUCGGACGUGUUGUUGACACGCUUGUGAUCGCGGGCCUCUGUCCUCUGGUUCACCGGAACGCCGUCCCAAGUUCGCCAGAUAGACCGCUAGUUAAUUAUUCAGCCGUUAAAUGGACGCUAAUAGCUCCGAUGUAUUGGCAGCGCGCUGGCAGGCGGAAUCUAUAUAAACAUGCGCUGCGCACACUUCAAGCGUUAAAGGCGGAAAUGAUGCUUCAACGGCACGAAUGAGCGCGUAGCGACCGAGGAGGCGUCGAGACACCAUCGGAGAAUAAUAAGCCAUGUACCGGAGAUACGUUUAAUCAAAUUUGAGAAAAAAGAAAUUGCCUCAUUGCACGAGGUGAGGCCGCGGAAAGUGAUGCCGGUUCACCAGAUCAAUGUUAAUCCGCCGGACUGGCAACCGCCAUUGUCAAUUGGUCCUUCCAACAACACGAGCCCCGCUGGCGGAGAAGCUCUGUCAGAAUGGAUACCGCAGAAUUUUGCUUAUGGUACGGUAGUUACUAUUAUACCAGAUGAUUGCCACUCGUCCGUAAGCACGUUAUCUUCGACCAACCACGACAUUUGCAGGAUCUGCCAUUGCGAGGGUGAGGAAGGCGCCCCUUUGUUAGCACCUUGCUAUUGCAGCGGCAGUCUGCGCUACGUACAUCAGGCUUGCCUUCAACAAUGGAUAAAGGCGUCGGACACGCGCGCCUGCGAAUUGUGCAAGUUCACGUUUAUCAUGCACGCCAAGACGAAACCGUUCUGCGAGUGGGAGAAGCUCGAGAUGUCCGCGCUGGAGGUGCGAAAGCUGUGGUGCGCGGUCGCCUUCCACGCCGUGGCCGCGCUCUGCGUGGCCUGGUCGUUGUACGUACUCGUUGAACGAUCCGUGGAGGAGGCCCGGCGCGGAUUCGUCGACUGGUCCUUCUGGACCAAGCUGAUAGUCGUCGUGAUCGGUUCCACUGGCGGAUUAGUUUUUAUGUAUAUUCAAUGCAAAGCGUACAUUACAUUGUGCAGAAAGUGGCGAGCAUUUAAUAGGGUGAUAUUUAUUCAAAAUGCUCCCGAGAAAGUGGUGCUUCCUCCCUCACCCACGGACUCUUUAAGAGAAGUUACCCUACCCCUGAAGGACCCAACUGCCUCGAUGGCCGAGCUCAACCGCACCUUGUUACCCCGUACCAUAGAUCCUCCAUGUGCCUCGCAGAUGGCGAAGCCCGACUCUGCCGCGCCGCCGCAGAGGCACGACGCUCAACUGAAACUUUACGUAUUCGACAAAUUGUCCUCGUCCGAGGACAAUCUAUAAUACUUCGGAGACGGGAACGGUCGUUAAAAAGAAAGAAAGAAAAACGUUGCGCGUCUGAAAGGUGAUGAUCAGCCAAAUUUCUCGUUUCGAGACGAAGGGCGCAUCCCGGCCGGAGUCGCCGGACGGAUUUCUAGACUACACGAUUUCGUAACUCGGAAACGGAAUUAUCCUUGCCGAAGUCGUUCAAAUAUCCGCCCUCAUGCAGCACCUUUUUUUUCCGAAACUUAGUACUUCAGUGCUUACAGUGUUGACAAGUGAGAUAGAGACGGAAGUGUACAGCCCCGAGGAUGCUGGCGCUUUCUUAUGUACAUAAUUAUUGUAUCUGUGAUGUUAUUAAAUAAACUUUACCAUAUUUAAACGAG